UCUGCAUGUACCCUUCUCAGUCAGGUAUUGCGCGCUAGUGUAAGGAUUGGAAAUGAUGGCUCCUUGCGUAGCUGAUAAACUAGGUUUCCCUGACUUUCAGAUGGACCCAGAGGAUCUCUUUCUCCUGGUGCCUGAAACGAUGUAAGUCCCCUACUUCACGAGGCUAAGCUAUACACUGCUUUAGAUGUUCCCUCUUAUGUAAAAUAGUUAUCAGAAGUCCAUAAGCCUUGUAACCAUAGUUACAGUAUUAAUGCCUACAGCACACAUCUCAGCUGGUGUAGGCACAUUUAAGAUUGUGUUGUCUAAAUAGAUCUUUAAUACUGUCUGCUGCAUGCUGUGAUUGCUAUAGCCCACAUACUCAACUGGUGGACUGCAAUCCAGUUUUUUUUUAGGAACUCUGUUGUGCUUCGACCCCUGGUAUCAUAUAAACACACAAGAUGUGGAAGAGUGUGUUGAAUUACAGGAAACAUGCUUUAAAAUGGCUAAAUUCUCAACUCUAGCAAGAGUGGUUUGUACAGUUUGGUGUGGUUUGGGAGUUUGUUCCCUUGUUGCUUAGGAAGUCCACUGUCUGCCACUAAUGAAAAUGCCCCAGAUGGAGGGUCUGACAAGCUUACGCAAUCUUUGAUGACCCCUUAGCUCCUUAUAAAUCAUGCUAGCCCAAUGUGUGCCAAAAAUGAAGUUGACCCCAACCCAUUGGCCUCCAAAAACCCUUUAAACUUCUAUUUUUCCCUUCCCAGGAAAUCCCAGAUGGAUUUAGAGACUGCAUUGCAGGAUGGCGCCAAAGCCCUUGACCUCUUCCUCAACAACCGCUUCUCAGAAGCCUUGGCUCUCCUCAGACCCUGGUAUGUCCCAUUCACAAUCAUGAUAGCUUGCCUUGAGGCUUACAGUAGCGUGUGGGAGGACCUGAGGCAUCACAUCCUUUGAGAUAACAGCUCAUGUCUGUCUAUAAUAGUGAAUAAUUGCUUCUAGAGUUUCUUCUCUUUCUGAAGGGUUUUGUCAUGUUCUCUCAGGAGGAGCCAGAGUAUGUACCACGCAAUGGGCUACAGCAGCAUGCUGGUCAUGCAGGCGGGCAUGACCUUUGAACCCAAGGACAUUGACAAGGCCAUGACUGCUCUGAAGGAGUCUCUGCAGACGUGCCAGAUGUACGGUUUUGCUUCUCUCACAGAAAUGACAUGAAUGUAGGGCAUCUAGUUCUAUGGAUUUUCAAUUGCCAAUGCAUUGAAGAAGCUUAAUCUCACACGUCAGAUUCAGACAUUGUUGCGCCAUGGCAGGACUUAAAGCUAGAGUCCUAAAUCGAAACAUUAGCAAAGAGGUCACCCCGCCUCUGUUUUGGUAAAAAGCUGAAGGAUGGACCUGGAGCAAUGUAACUAUGGAUGCAAGGACUGACCAGCCAUGAUAUAACAAUUAAAGUUUUGAGGCUGUUUGUUUACAUUUACAUUGUUUACGAACGUUGGCGUAAACCAAGCUUAUAUUUUUGGUUCUGAUGGGGUAUGAACAGUUAAACUAAGCCCAUGAGGCAUUUAUCUGCGUUAUAUUCUUCAAAAAUCAAUCGCUGUGUACACAGGUGGCUGUAGCAACUAAGGAUUCUAGCUUUAACACAGUGCGUUAUCUCAUCACAGGUUCCGGAGGAAGACUACCAUGGUGGAGGCCAUCACUGAGAUGUUUUACAAGCAGCCAACUGACAACUUAACUGAAGGUGAGAUGGGCAUACCGUAUCUGUUGUGGUGCUUGCAGGAUGAUAUCAGUAUGUCGACAACUGGACAUCUGUACAUGUAGUAUGAUGCAUGACUAUGAAAACUCACUGUAGUGUGAGUCAUCCAUACUGAAGUAUACAUGUUUCAUGACUAUGGACUUUUGAUUGGUUUGAUUAAUUUUAUUAUUAGGGUCAUCAUACUUCAUCUUCAGGAUCUUCAGAUGCCCAGCCCACAUGGGCUUAUAAAACACUAUUUGCUGUAGCAAAACAAAAUGAUAAUAUAUGCACAGUGUAUUCAGAAAAAUUGUUUCCUCAUCAAUCUACACACAAGAUCCCAUAAUGACAAAGCAAAAACAGGUUUUUAGAAAUGUUUGCUAAUUUAUUAAAUAAACUGAAAUCACAUUUACAUAGGUAUUCAGUACUUUGUUGCACCUUUGGCAGCGAUUUACAGCCUAGAGUCUUCUUGGGUAUGACGCUACAAGCUUGGCACACCUGUAUUUGGGGAGUUUCUCCCAUUCUUCUCUGCAGAUCCUCAAGCUCUGUCAGGUUGGCUGGAGAGCGUCGCUGCACAGCUGUUUUCAGGUCUCUCCAGAGAUGUUCAAUCGGGUUCAAGUCCGGGCUCUGGCUGGGCCACUCAAGGACAUUCAGAGACUUAUCCCGAAGCCACUCCUGCGUUGUCGUGGCUGUGUGCUUAGGGAUGGUGCCAGGUUUCCUCCAGACGUGACACUUAACAUUCAGGCCAAAGAGUUCAAUCUUGGUUUCAUCAGACCAGAAAAUCUUGUUUCUCAUGAUCUGAGUCCUUUAGGUGCCUUUUGGCAAACUCCAAGCGGGCUGUCAUGUGCCUUUUUUUACUGAGUAGUGGCUUCCGUCUGGCCACUCUACUACAAAGGCCUGAUUGGUGGAGUGCUGCAGAGAUGGUUGUCCUUCUGGAAGGUUCUCCCAUCUCCACAGAGGAACUCUAGAGCUCUGUCAGUGACCAUCGGGUUCUUGGUCACCUACCUGACCAAGGCCCUUCUCCCCCGAUUGCUCAGUUUGGCCAGGCGGCCAGCUCUAGGAAGGGUCUUGGUGGUUCCAAACUUCUUCCAUUUAAGAAUGAUGGAGGCCACUGUGUUCUUGGGGACCUUCAAUGCUGCAGACAUGUUUUGGUACCCUUCGUCAGAUCUGUGCCUCGAUACAAUCCUGUCUCGGAGCUCUACGGACAAUUCCUUCGACCUCAAGACUUGGUUUUUGCUCUGACAUGCGCUGUCAACUGUGGGCCCUUAUAUAGACAGGUGUUCCUUUUGAAAUCAUGUCCAAUCAAUUGAAUUUACCACAGGUGGCCUCCAAUCAAGUUGUAGAUGCAUCUCAAGGAUGAUCAAUGGAAACAGGAUGGAAACCUGAGCUCAAUUUCGAAUCACAUAGCAAAGGGUCUGAAUACGUAUGUAAUAAAGGUAUUUCUGUUUUCUGCUAAUUUCUAAAAACCUGCUUUCGCUUUGUCAUUAUGGGGGUGUGUGUAGACAAUCCAUUUCAGAAUAAAGCAAUGUAACAAAAUGUGGAAAAAGGAAGUGGUCUGAAUACUUUCUGAACGCACUGUGUACAUAUACUACAUCCACAUUAGUUUAAAUGUAGGUGGGUUUAUUCUGGUCUUUGACUGACGGGCAUCUCUUGGUUUGCUCCUUGCCCACUGCAGAGGAGAUGCAUGCAGAGCUGUGCUAUGCUGAGGUGCUAAUGCAGAAGGCUGCACUCACCUUUCUGGACGAGAGCAUGAUCAGCUUCAUCAAAGGAGGCAUCAAGAUCCGCAACAGCUUUCUGAUCUACAAGUGGGCAGGGUUUUUAUUAUUAUAUAAAACAAAAAUUUGAAGGGCUUUUUACACUACUGACCCAAACCAAGUUUACUGAGCUGGCCUGGUUACGCAUGAACUGGUUGACUCGAUAAUGUGAAAAGGGUAUUAUGUUUGGGUAGUCCAGUCACAGGUGGCUGGUGACACCUUAAUUGGGGAGGACUGGCUCAUAGUAAUGGCUGGAAUGGUAUCAAACAUGGUUUCUAUAUGUUUGAUACAAUUCACUCCAUUCCAGAUGAUGAUGAUUAUUAGCCACUGUCAUCCCCUCACCAGCCUCCUGUGCUUCCAGUAGAAUAAUGACUGUGUUCACAGAAUUGAUGCACUAGAAGGAAAUGUAUCAAAUGUUAUCAAGCAGUGAUUGUUUUUAGCAAGGUCACAUUUGGCAGUGAAGUAUUUUGCGGGACCUUGCAUGGUUCAUAGGGCGGCGCGCAAUUGGCCCAGCGUCGUCCAGCGUAGGGCCGGCAGGGAUGUAGCUCAGUUGAUAGAGCAUGGCGUUUGCAACGCCAGGGUUGUGGGUUCGAUUCCCACAGGGGGUAUGAAAAAAAAUAAUGUAUGCACUAACUGUAAGUCGCUCUGGAUAAGAGCGUCUGCUAAAUGACUAAAAAAAAUGUUCAUACUGUACUCAAGUUCAUAGUUCAAUGUAUGUAGUUCUGUCCUUGAGCUGUUCUUGUCUAUUAAAAAAAAAAAAAAAUAUUUUUUUUAUUAAUGUUCUGCAUUAUGUUUGGUGUGGACCCCAGGAAGAGUAGCUGCUGCAUUAGCAACAGCUAAUGGGGAUCCUAAUAAAAUAACAGAAUACCUGUUUUUUUUCUCCCCUCUACCAGGGAAUGUGAAGUUAUGUCAACCAUGGCAAAGAACCAGUCUGACCAGAUGAGCACACACACUCACUUCAGGUGCGGCGUGAACAUGGGCAUUGGUUCAUUUAACUUGGUAAGCGCAUUGGUGUUUAGUGUUUGCACCUCAGCAUUAUGGGUGAGGUCAAAGAUGGUAGGACAGGCAGAUUAGUAAGAGUCGCUAAAGCGGUCAAAUGUAAGAUUACGAAUUAUGAAUGUUUAUCUUCUAUUGGCCAUUUUUUUUUUUGACACAGAAGGUUUUUGUUUUGUGCUUCUCAAAGGUCACUCUGUCCUCACCGUUUGGUUUUCCUCUUUCAGUAUUUGUCUCUCUUGCCGAGCAAGGUCCUCCGACUACUGGAGUGGAUGGGUUUCUCUGGAGACCGGGUAGGUGACGAGGAGUAGUCUCUCCACUUCUCUCACUGACAGACUAUGCCGCAUCACACACCGGCCGCCUUGCAAAAUACUCCUUUUCUCUUGGAUAGUCAGUGGGGAGUCUUUUUUGAAGCGGGCCUUCAAGAGACAAGCAAAGUAAUUAUUGUUCCCCGACGACUGAGUGCUUGCAUAUGUCAGAAAAUAAUAAAUCUGUAAAUGUUUGAAAUGAUACAUUUCUUUAGUUCACUCACCAUUAUGCCUCGUAAUUCAGCCAAUGACGAUGCAAUGAAGUGGAUGUUGUUGACAGAGGCUUGUUGUGCAGGAAGUGGGUCUGUCCCAGCUGAGGGAGGGGGCAGCCAGCAACAGCCUGCGCUCCAUCCUCAGCACUAUGUGCCUCCUGACGUACCACCUCUACAUCAGCGUCAUACUGGGUAAGGUACAGAUCUAGGAUCAGCUUUCCCUCCCCGAAACCUUACCGUAACCUGGGAACUGUAAGUUGGGGAAAACCCAAAAAGGUCCCAAGACCUGUGUCCAGGCGCAACAUUGAUCUACUCCCCAAAUUCCACACUGGCCACUGGAGUUUUAUGUGGAUAAAGGAGGCCCUCUGGUGGUGAAAAGUCUAAACUGCUCCAUUGUUACUGCAGUACUGUGAUCAUCAACUCUUGCAGUCACGCACUUUCACUGUGCUUUAAAAAGUCAGUCUCCUGCUGGUUUCUUAUGUGACGAGCAUUUCAUCCAUUUGUAUUGACUUUAGCUGCGUUUACACAGGCAGCCCAAUUGUGGUAUCUUUUUCAGAACCAAUCUGAUUGGUCAAAAGACGAAUUAGUGAAAAAGAUCAGAAUUGGACUGCUUGAGUAAACACAGCCUUAGAUAAUGGGUUUUACUUUACAACAGACAUUAGGGUUGAGUGAUGCCUUGUCUUUCCUUCUCUAUAGGUACUGGUGAGGGGAACCUGGUAGAGGCUGAACUUCUUCUGGAGCCCUACAUUGAGAAGUUCCCCAAUGUAAGUGAACAGUCCCCUUCCUGCAAAGUCUUCCCACUUGCCCCCCCCCCCCCCCCCCCCCCCCCCCCCCCCCCCCCCCCCCUCUCCCGUUAACAUCGACUGUGGUUGUUCUCUAGGGGGCCCUCAUUCUAUUCUACCAGGCCAGGAUUGCUGUGCUCAAGGGUAACUUUGAAUUUGUGAGUAAUCUCCCUUUUUAAGAAUGGUGUCUUCAUACAUUUUCCUGGGUUGUAUUCAUUAGGUACCAAACGGAAGAAAACAGACAAACUGGGAGAGACUUCCUAAACUUGUCCAAUGAGAAACACUUGGGUUCUGUUGCAAAGCAUUUUGCUAUGGCGUGCCCUAAUGAAUAUGACCCCGUCUGCUACGCUACAAGUCAUAAAAUCAAGCCCUCUGUCUAACAAGAACCAUAUCGCACCGUUUUGUGUAUCCGUCCCCCCAGGCCCAGAAGAAGUUCCUGGAGUGCAUAGCGGCGCAGCAGGAGUGGCGUCAGAUCCACCAUCUGUGUUACUGGGAGCUUAUGUGGUCAUACUCCUUCCAGCAGGACUGGCUGGAGGCCUACCAGUAUGCAGACCUUCUCUGCAAAGAGAGCAAGUGGUCCCAGGUAUAGUACACCUGUAGCAGCCUGACUAAAACCAUUUAGGACUGACUUCCUGGGUGUAGUUUUGUCACAUACACCGGGUAGGUGCAGUGAAAUGUGUUGUUUUACAGGGUCAGCCAUAGUGGUACGACACCCCUGGUGCAGAUUAGGAUUAAGUGCUUUAAGGGGACAUCGACAGAUUUUUCACCUUGUCGGCUCGGGUAUACGAACCAGCGACCUAUCGGUUACUGGCCCAACGCUAACCGCUAGGCUACCUGCCGCCCUAGCAGCCUAACUAAAACAUUUAGGAAUGACUUCCCGGUCACAGAUUAAGGGCCCUCUUCCAGUAAUUUGAGUUUUAACUCUCCUCUCCUCUUUCUUCCCCAGCCUCCUCUACCCUUUGCUUUUUUUUCUCUCUUUUUUUUACCAUCGCUUACUGUCUUUCCUCCCUGCUCUUUACAGCUCCCCCAUGUUAUAAAACUGGUAAAUUCCCUGGAGGUCUGUGUACUGUCUACCGCUUUUUUUUUCAUUUGAAAUGUUGACUUUUGGUCUCUCUUGGCAGGCUAUGUACGUGUUCCAGAAAGCUUCCAUCCUCAGCAUGAUGCCAGAGGAGGAGGUGAAGAAAACCGGGGAGAAUGUGGAACUGUUGUUCAGGUAUGUUUUGUCAAUAAAGACACAUUUUAUUUGUAUGGCACCCAAAGAUACUAUACAACUUGAAAAUAAAGUAGGUCCACACCCCCCAAAAAAGAUUACUCUAUUUUCAGGACAGCAUAAAUGUAAUUUACAUGAAUCAUAAACUGAACAAAAGGCACUGUCAUACUGAUGAGAAGGUGGGUUGUUAAGGUUUGUAGCUAUGGCUAAUUUAAUGUGUCUUAUAGGCAAGUGGAGAGCCUGCGGCUGCGAAUUGCAGGGAAAUCCAUCCCAACUGAGAAGUUCGCCGCGAAGAAGGCUCUGCGGUACAGUGCCGUAACCCCAGUGACGCUGGUGAUUCCUGCCAUGGUGAACACUUUAUUUUAAAAAUUGUAUUUAUUUUUACUUCAUUCAAAGCAAACAUGUUCACUUUUAAAAUGUGCUAUUUAGGUCUAAAAUUCAUUUUCCUCAUAACAGGAAAUGAUAUAUGUUUGGAACGGCUUCACCAUCGUUGGCAAAAGGCCUGAACUGACACAGAGCAUUCUGGUCACUAUCGAGAAAGCAGAGGAGCAACUGAAGAAUGACCCAAGUGAGUUUACCGUCACAAUGCUCUAGGUCUAAUCUAUGGUCCGGUGUGGUAGAAAUGCCAGGGCUGAUUUCUGGUCUGUCAGCCCCUGUCUAAUACAGAAUAAUUGUUUUUCUUUUUUCCCCCCCUCCCAGAUCCAUCAGAGUACCAUGUGGAUGACCAGUGCCUGGUCCAGAUGCUAAAGGGUCUGUGUCUGAGACACCUGGGCCAUCUGGACCAGGCCCAGCUCUGCUUCACACACGUCAUCUCCAGGUACGGCUAUCUUAUUAGUCAUGUUUUCAUUUUCUUGUGUGGGGUGUACAUGGACAAUACACAUUCAUAUAAUUUAAUAGUUAGCUUGUGUGUAAAAAAGUAAUAGAAUGGAGGCAUUGCUCAGCCAUAAUACGAGAGGAAGUUGUGCAUCUCUAUACUUCAAGCUUGAGGACAUUAUAUUUAGUCUAAUUGUGCCAUUUUUUUGGGUGAAGCUGGGCAGCCAUUAAACGUUUACAUUUUAAUGGCCUAAAGGUUCACUUAAGUGACAGUCAGAGUUCACAAGGGGCCAUUAUCGCCAUUCACUGAUCAUUUAGGAAUGUGGUUAGUGUUGCUCCUCAGGGGGCAGCCCAGGGGUUCAUCUCAAUAGUCUCGAGAUGCCAGCAUGUUCUAAGACUAUUGAGAUGCAUCCCAAAUGUAAUUGAUCUGUUUGCUUUCUUACAAUCUGAUUUGUUGUGGUGGUUUUUUGUUUUUUACAGUGAAAACAGGAUCAAGCAUGACCUCUACCUUGUGCCAUACAGCAUGUAUGAACUGGGUCUUCUCUACAAGCAGCAAGGAGACUUGGGGAAGGCUACCACCACCAUAGAAAAUGCCAAGUAAGUGUCUAUUGAAACCAGCACUACUUUAGAUGCAUUGUUUACUGCCUAGGAUGAAGAAGACAUGUUAUUAAGACUUAUCUGGAUGUUUACAGGCUGAACUACAAGGGUUAUAGCAUGGAGUCGAGGCUUCACUUCCGUAUCCAUGCUGCACUUAACACAAUGGGGACCUCGGUGGCCAAACUUCCACCCCAGCGCACGUCAGCUUGAGGACGCUAAGGUAACAGGAGCUACUGCCAACGUGGAAUUGCUGAAUGUCUUGGGUCCAUUCUAACUUGAUAUGGAGUUGUACAGACUUGUAAGAGCCUUGAUUAUAGUAUGGUAGAGUACACUUAGAAAAAGCCUGCACUUAAAAUGUAAAUGUUGCAAUAUGAGAAUUUGACCCUUUUCUGUAGGGCUGAAUCAUGACUUGAGAUCUGAGCGCAUAACUCAUUAAAGCACAUCUUCCAUUGUAAUCGAUGCAUGUAGUAUUAGUAGUACUUUACAAGAAAAGUGAGCUACACACUUGGUCUUAAGUUAGGAUUUGGCCUCUAUUUUUUGAAUAGCCUAUGAUUUGAGUCUGUAAAGACAUGUACCUGUACGUUUGUCUGUUCUCUUAUGGUUUAUACUAAUUAUGCUGUUAUACGUUCUGCUCUGUUUUAAUUGUGUGCUAAUAUUGAACCAAUUAAAUUACAUUUGAACACAUGGUACUUUAUUACCUGCGGAUAUGAAGGUGCAAUGGUAUUGCAACAUUUUACCUGUCAUUGUACUAAGUGAUGGGUUGCUCAAAACAUUUUGACAAAUAAAACGUAUUCGUUGUAAUGGA